UGCAACCGUCAAGGCACACCACCACCCCGAUACCAACUCAUGUCCGAUCGCAGAGGUGGACGUACGGCGUGGAGCUGUGUCGUCACGGUGCACGGCGUCGAGGUUCCUGCGCGCUUUUGGUACGAUGGACCAUGGAUCAACAAUGCCUGUGAAGAUGCCGCCGAGCGGGCCCUG